CAGGCGCGCCUCCGUGGCCGCGCUCCCGGCAGCGCCGUGCCCGCAGCGGCCUGCAGAGCGGCGGAGGCAGCGCCAUGGUGUGGGCGCUGUUUCGCUGCUGGUUCCGCGUGGGCGGAGCCCGCCGCACACUGGCCGGCCAGGUCAACCCGGUCGGCCCGACUAUAGUACAGACGUCCAUGAGCUGGUCCCAGGUGGCCCUGCUGGGCCUAGGCCUGCUGCUCAUGCUGCUUCUGUACGUGGGGCUACCUGGCCCCCAUGAGCAGACCUCCUGGCUCUGGGGAGACCCUAAUGUCACAAUCCUGGCUGGUCUCACCCCUGGCAACUCCCCCAUCUUUUACCGUGAGGUGCUGCCACUCCACCGGGCACACAGGGUGGAGGUGGUGCUACUCCAUGGAAAAGCUUUUAACUCCCAAACGUGGGAGCAGCUGGGCACUCUGCAGCUGCUGUCGCAGAGGGGCUACCGGGCUGUGGCUCUUGACCUCCCAGGUUUUGGGAACUCAGCACCUUCGAAGGAGACAAGCACAGAGGCAGGGCGGGCAGCACUGCUGGAGCGGGUGCUGCGAGACCUGGAGGUGCACAACGCCGUGUUGGUGAGCCCCUCUCUGAGUGGCCACUAUGCCCUGCCCUUCCUGAUGCAAGGCCACCAUCAGCUGCAUGGAUUUGUGCCCAUCGCACCCACCUCUACCCUGAACUACACCCAGGAGCAAUUCUGGGCCGUGAAGACCCCGACCCUCAUCCUGUAUGGGGAACUGGAUCACAAAUUGGCACGAGAGUCUCUGCGGCAGCUCCGCCACCUGCCCAACCACUCCGAGGUGAAGCUGCAUGACGCAGGCCAUGCCUGCUACCUCCACAAGCCCCAAGACUUCCACCUCGUCCUUCUUGCCUUCCUUGACCAUCUGCCUUGAGCUUACCCACAUCUCAGGCCUCAGGCCUGGCCUGAACUUGGAGGGUAUGGGCCGGCCCCCCAUCAGGGAGGUGGUCCCUGGAAUUGGAGGACAGAGCCAGAGGGCCUGGCCCAAUCAGGACCUCUCAUUUCAACUCACAGGCACAAUAAAAAACAUUUAUCUUGC